CAACCUUUAACACGCUCCAAGUCAACUUGCCCAAACUUUGAUUAAAAUAAUAUUGGCGGGGUUGAGGGGCCGUCCGACCUGAGCCAAGAGAAAGAAUGAAAAUGGAUUUACACUAUCGACGUGGCCGCAGCUGCCCCCGCCUGGCGCUACUCGUAUUGGUUUGUUGCGUCGGACGUCUAAGCGCCAACCGGAGAAAUAUCCCGCGGCGACAAGAUAGGCUGGGGCCUCCUGUGGACAUAGCACUGGAUUCUUUGAACUGCACAGCACUUAGUAUUCAAUGGAGAAUGCCUCGGCAGCAUGCAAAUACCAUCACAGGGUACACUGUGUUUUACACCGAGGUCAAGGCUGGCAAACCAAUUAGGCAACAGUCCCAUGAUGUGCCUCUCAGUUUGGAUAUGCUCGGUAUGGGUCAGAUGGAUGGGCAAGCAAUUUUUGAAAUUGUUAUUGGAGACUUGAAGCCAGGGACUCUGCAUCGUGUAAGUGUAGGAGCUUAUGGCUGGGCAGGAAGAGGUAGAGCCAGCAUGCCUAGAAAUGUAACAACUUUAUCACAAGAUAAAUGUAUGCCUCCAGAUCCACCUAAUCAGCCUCAAGUCAUCGUUGUUUCCAACUCAGAAGUUGCUUUGUCAUGGAAACCAGGACCAAGUGAAGGAAGUUCUCCAAUUGAGUACUACACAGUGGAAUUUAUCAGACCCGAUUUUGAAACCAAUUGGACAGCAAUUAGAGAGCAGAUCCAGAUGGGCUCCAUGGUCCUGAAGGGGCUAACUCCAAACAACAAGUACCAGUUUGCCAUCCGAGCUACAAAUUCAUAUGGAUCCAGCCUGCCAAGCAUUCCCAGUGAUACAGUCAGGAUGUUCCACCCAGAAGAGUUAGGAAGUGGAAGCUAUGGACAUCGAUACAUCACUGAGUCUGGAAACGGUGAUGAUGAUGGAAUUGACAUCGAUGAUUCAGAUUAUGACAUUUAUAUUGAUGAGCUCAAACCACUUCCUGCUAUCAAAGGAGGCAAUACAAAGUUUUUGGUUGAAACCAAGAUAAUACAAGGGUCUAAUGCAGAACACCUUUCUAAGCUGCUUUCACCUACUACAUAUCCUAUCAGUUCUAUUGCAACAACGAUGCUCCUGCCACGCACUACUAUCACUUCCAGCAUUACUGCUAAGGCCAUCAGGAGGAACAGCGGGACUUCGGUUGUACGACAAUCUGAUCAGUCCUGUGAUGAAACCAUCUGCUCUACCAACAGCUUUUGCAUCAAUGAUUAUGAGCGGAGUGGCUCUCGUUGCCAUUGCAACCUUGGCAAAGGAGGGGAGAGUUGCUCAGAAGAUGUUAAUAUUCAAUAUCCUCAAUUCUUUGGGUAUUCCUAUAUCUCCUUUGAACCUCUUAAGAAUUCCUAUCAGACUUUCCAAAUUACUGUUGAAUUUAUGGCAGAAGCAGAGGAUGGCUUGCUUCUGUACUGUGGAGAGAAUGAGCAAGGGCGUGGUGAUUUCAUGUCACUGGCAAUCAUCGGGCAAAACAUUCAGUUCAGGUUCAACUGUGGAACUGGAAUUGCAACAAUUACAAGCAAGGACAAAAUUAAACUGGGCAGUUGGCACAGCGUGACUGUAUUUAGAGAUGGAGUGGAUGGAUGGCUUAGUUUGGAUAACAGUCCUCCAGUUUCUGGUAAAUCUCAGGGUCAAUAUAGCAAAAUCACUUUUCGGACUCCAUUUUAUCUUGGUGGUGCUCCUACUGCCUAUUGGCUCGUGAGGUCUGCAGGAAUCAAUCAUGGCUUUCAAGGGUGUGUUCAAUCACUCAUUAUUAAUGGAAAGACCAUUGACAUGCGGCCCUGGCCUCUGGGAAAAGGCCUUAGUGGGGCAGAUGUUGGUGAAUGUAGCAGUGGGAUUUGUGAUGAGGCUUCCUGCAUUAAUGGUGGUACCUGCAUGGCAAGCAAAGCAGAUCGAUACGUCUGCCUUUGCCCGCUUGGAUUUAAAGGUCGCCACUGUGAAGAAGCUUUCACCCUCAUCAUACCUCAAUUCAACGAGACAUUGAAAUCCCUUGCUGUUACCCCCUGGCCAUUAGAACCACUGAGCUAUCUUUCUUUCAUGGAGUUUGAGAUCACAUUUCGUCCAGAUGCAGCCAACGGUGUCCUGUUGUAUAGUUAUGAUACAGACAGCAAAGACUUCCUGUCCAUUUGCAUUGUGGACAGCUAUAUGGAAUUCAGGUUUGACUGUGGCUCAGGAACUGCUAUUAUCAGGAGUGAAGAUCCCAUCAAACUGAACCAGUGGCAUGAGCUCAAAGUGUCACGCACAGCAAAAAAUGGCAUUUUGCAGGUUGAUCAGCAAACCCCAGUAGAAGGAAUGGCAGAGGGAGCUUUCACACAGAUUAAAUGUAAUCCUGAGAUCUUUGUAGGUGGAGUACCAAGUUAUGACGACAUGAAAAAGAACUCCGGUGUUCUGAAACCAUUCUCUGGAAGUAUUCAGAAGAUAGUUCUGAAUGACCGGACGAUAGACAUGAAGCAGGAUUUCACAGCUGGAAUCAACUUAGGGAACGCAGUCCAUCCCUGUGUGAGUGCCCCCUGUGACAACGGGGGUUCCUGUGUGCCCAAGAAAGAUGGGUAUGAAUGUGAUUGCCCUUUAGGUUUUGAAGGGCAAAACUGCCAGAAAGCUGUGAUGGAAGCCAUUGAAAUUCCACAGUUCAUUGGUCGCAGCUACCUUACAUAUGACAGUCCAGACAUCCUUAAAAGAGUGUCAGGAUCAAGAACAAAUGUGUUUAUGAGGUUUAAGACUACAUUGAUGGAUGGUCUAUUGUUAUGGAGAGGUGACAGCCCAAUGCGAUCCAACAGUGACUUCAUCUCCCUUGGUCUUCAAGAUGGUUCCUUGGUCUUUAGCUACAAUCUGGGCAGUGGCAUUGCUUAUAUAAUAGUGAAUGGCUCUUUCAAUGAUGGCAGGUGGCACAGAGUUAAGGCAGUUCGGGAUGGACAAUCCGGGAAGAUAACAGUGGAUGAUUAUGGUGCCAGAACUGGAAAAUCUCCUGGAAUGAUGAGGCAGUUGAACAUCAAUGGGGAUUUAUAUGUUGGGGGAAUGAAAGAAAUAGCGCUGCAUACAAACAGACAGUAUAUGAGAGGUCUGGUAGGUUGCAUUUCCCACUUCACACUUUCUACAGAUUUUCAUAUUUCACUAGUUGAAGAUGCAGCGAAUGGGAAGAACAUUAACACUUGCGGGACAAAGUAAUAGACAGAAAUCUGUCACACAGAAGAUACCGUUGUGUAGCAGCAGCAACAAACGGACUGAUCUUGCACAGUGAGGACUUCUCCCACGAAACACCUGGAAGAACGAAUCAGAAGUGAAGUGAAAGCAAAACAAAAGGGACCAUUUGCCAUUCUCUUUUCCUUUGGAUGUUGUGCUCUUUCAGUCAUGCCGAAUGCUUUGAUAGGGAGCAUCACAACGAUUACUAUUUUAAUUACAGGACAAUCCAGCCAAAUCCCAGCCCUGCUACAUACGGCUGGUGCUUUUCUUGCUGUGCCCCAUACAUAAAACGUACAGCUCUGGCAGAUCUAUCUAUCAGGCACAUCUGGUUCAUAAGUGAAUGGCAUUUGCAGGGGACAGUUCACCCCCUGAAUAAGAAAUGGCUCAGAUCUGCAGCAGCUUGCACUGUUUAUUUUGUUUAUUUGUUAGAUUUCUAUUUUGCCUUUCCUCAAAAGCUCGAGGAGGCACAGCACAGGCCUCCUUCCUCCAGUUUUUCCCCGCUCUGUGAGGUAGGUUGGGCUUAGAGAGAGUGACAAGCCCAAGUCGCCAGUGGGUCUCUGGCUGAGGGGGGACCUGGACCUGUUCCCUCUGGUCCUAGUCCAAGACUUUCACCAUUAAGCCAUUCUGGCCCUAGUUAUGGAGCCCAGGGCUUCUGAGGGUGGGAACAGCUCCUGCCUUAUCCACUGUGCUUUAUCACAGAACAAAUUCUAAGGUCACCAUUUAUGUUUUCCACAGCUGCUCAUUUUUUGGCUCUGCCCCUCAGUUCUUCUCCUUUAGAAACAGCGUGAGGACUGGCUCGUCCAAAUUAGAGGGUAAAGCAGUGGUAAUUAAGGGUUAAUACUACCAGCAACCACAGCUGUAGGGUAGUUUGAUCUAAAAGAGCUGCUCCAUAAAUACAGUAGAUGCCCACUUCUUUGAAUGCGGUGCUAAAGCCGGAACCACUGGUCCAGCUUAACUGUCACCUACCUUUAUUAAUGGGGUGGCGGUGAAGUCCAUCAGCAGAGCACAUGGUUAGUUUCUGGACUGUUCAGCAGCAAGACCCCUAGGACUAUGCAUGAAAAAAAAAACACGGUCUUUCCCUAUGGCUCAGGCCAUAAGGAAAAAUGGGAAAUUGCUUUCUCCUUUAUUAUGCAGCCCAGGCCCACAAGCUAGAUGGGGUUGUGGUCCACGCUAGGUGCUACCUGCCUCGCAACUAGCAGAAAAUUUAGAUGAGUUGGUUUUUAAUAAGUUUUGAAAGUAUUAAAGUUUGUUUAGUUUAGAA